CAUUUAGGUUGAUCAGCAGUUAGGAGAUAGCGCUCACACCGCGCACCAGUCCCUACGCUGAUACGGCGUGCGUGUCCCUGUUAUGAGAGGCCGUCUUCGUUUUUGAAUUUUUUUUCGUGUUAUUCCUUUGAAUACAUUGAAUUUAAGUGUCGUUUAUUCGUGAUAUGAACGGCGAUAGUGGUGUGACGAGCAACGGUAGUGUCGCCAAACCGACACCUCCGCCCACAUUGCCAAAGUCCUAUACGCCUAGUGCAGCCGCCGCUUACCGCCUGGCCAGUAUGGAGCGUCUGGCUCAACGUCAAAGGUUAUUCGAACAGGGCGGGCAGCCAGUUGAGGACCUGCAACAGCAAUCGCCAGUACAAUCACAACCAAUCAACAACAGUGGAAGUGGCACCUCCGCUGGGAUUGCACCUCCUGUUCCCGCACCUAAGCCCGUGUUAGGCACAAAGCUGCAAAACAAACGCGAAUUAUUUUUCAAGAAUGAUUCAUCGAACGGCACAAUUAAUACAGGUUCACCGUCUCCAGUUCAGGCCAACGUUAACUCCAACACUCCAGUUUCUAAUUCAUUACCGCACCAAAACUCAUUCAGUAAUUCAAUGUCUAAUCAGAGUGCAAGUUUGCCACCUUCUGGCUCAAUGAACAAACGAAUACCGAUUGCAAAAUCCGAAUCUACGGAUUCUUCGGACAGCAAAGAAAAACCUGUCAAAACUGAACAAACAACUGUAUCAAAAACAAGUGAGAGGAAAGUGAAGAAACUAGAUGGUUAUGUUGGAUUUGCCAAUCUACCAAAUCAAGUUUACAGAAAAGCUGUAAAAAAAGGCUUUGAAUUUACAUUAAUGGUUGUUGGACGAUCUGGUCUUGGAAAGUCAACUUUAAUAAAUACUAUGUUUCUUGCUGAUAUUUAUGGUAAAGAUCAUCCGGGACCUUCUCUACGGGUUGGUAAAACUGUAAGAGUAGAAACUAAUAGAUGUUUAUUGAAAGAGAAAGGUGUGAAUCUUACACUAACUAUUGUGGACACCCCUGGUUUUGGAGAUGCUGUUGAUAAUUCCGAUUGUUGGCAACCUGUGCUUGAAUAUAUUGAAUCCAGGUAUGAAGAGUAUCUUAAUGCAGAAUCAAGAGUCAACCGAAAAGUCCAACAUGACAGUAGAGUUCAUUGUUGUUUAUACUUUUUAGAGUCAAAUAGUCAUGGAAUGACACCUUUAGAUGUAGAAUUUAUGCAGAGAUUACAUGAUAAAGUAAAUAUUAUACCAGUUAUAUCAAAAGCAGAUACAAUGACUCCGAAUGAAGUCACAGAGUAUAAAAAACAGAUUUUAAAUGAAAUUGCUUUGCAUAAAAUCAAAAUUUACGAUUUUCCGGAUUCAGAUAAAGAAGAAGAUCGAGAUAGUUUGAAAAAACUUAAAUCCCGAGUACCAUUUGCAGUAGUCGGUUCAACUGAAGUUCAUGAAGUAGAUGGUAAAAAAAUACGAGGCCGAAAAUAUCCUUGGGGUCUUGUUGAAGUGGAAAAUCUGGAACAUAAUGAUUUUGUUGCCUUAAGAAAUAUGCUCUUAAGGACACAUUUACAAGAUUUAAAAGAAGUGACUAGCAAUGUUCAUUAUGAAAACUUUAGGUUUAGAAAGUUAGCUUGUUUCUCUGCAGAUGGACCUAAAGGAAUGACAAAUUCGUGCGCCCCAGGAGUCAUCAACAAUUCAUUCGUUGCUGUUUGGAAUCCAUUAGCACAAAUGGAAGACGAAAAGCGUGAACAUGAUGCUAAAUUAAAAAAAAUGGAAGCUGAAAUGGAACAAGUUUUUGAAAUGAAAGUUAAAGAAAAAAAACAAAAACUAAAAGAUUCUGAAAUUGCUCUCCAACAAAAGAAUGAACAAAUGAUGAAAAGGCUAGAAUCUGAAGCAAGUGAGUUAGAUGAUAGACGACGCCAAUUGGAAGCUGAAAUUAGAGAAUGGGAAAAUAGUAGUGGUGUUAGCCUAGAUGAACUAAGAAGACGAUCUUUAGAAAGAGAAACAACUGAUGGCAAGGAAAAAAAGAUUAAGAAGAAAGGAUUAUUCUGAAAUAAUAAUGUGCCAUGUUUAUAGUAUCCUAUAAAAUUUCAUUGACUGUAAAAUAAUGACCAAGUUGUAUAAAUUGGGUAUAAUCUCGUUUGAAUGUAGCUUUGUAUAUAGAUUUAUAAAAUAUUUGCUACUGCCAAACUUGUUACCGAUAAUGUGUAU